AUGGCGGCGGCCACAGCGGGGCUGCUGUGGCGGAUCGUGGCCCACAGUCGGUGGAGCAAUGCACGGGAGCUGCUGGACUUGAUCCAGACGGAAAGCCGGAAGGUGAUCGAUGCCCAGCUCUCUGAGACCACGGUGGGGAACAUCAUCCGGCAAGUAAUGAAGAUUAUUCAGGAGGAGUACAGCCAGCUGCAGGGUCACAGUGAAGAGACAGAUCAGGAAUCCCUCCACAAACUGCUGACCUCAGGGUGUCCGAGCGAAGAAUUGACUGAGAGUUUUGCAACCCUCAGAACCAAUGUCAUUGAGGCAAUUAAUGAACUGCUGACGGAGCUCAAGGGGACCAUGGAUAACAUUGCAAUGCAAGUCCUGGAGCACAUCCACUCCAACGAGGUGAUCAUGACCCUGGGCCAAUCCCCAACCGUUGAAGCUUUCCUUAAAGAAGCAGCUCAAAAACGCUACUUCCAGGUGAUUGUGGUGGAGUGUUCCUCUUACUGCCAGGGUCACGAAAUGUCCGUGGCUCUUUCUGUUGUUGGGAUUGAAACAACCUUCAUUACAGACACUGCUAUCUUUGCCAUUACGCCACAUGCCAACAAGGUCAUCACUGGCACCAAGACCAUCCUCACCAAUGGGGGUCUGCGGGCUGUCAACGGGGCUCACACCCUGUCUCUUGCAGCCAGGCACUACUCCACGUCAGUGAUUGUCUGUGCUGCUGUGUACAAGCUGUGUCCACAGCUUGUACACUCGAGGAGAACACAGUGCACUGUUUUGCCACAGGAGGUGCUCCCUUUCACAGAAGGUGAGAUUCUGUGCAAAGUGAGAACUCACUGCCCUGUGUUUGUUUAUGUUCCUCCAGAACUCAUCACCCUGUUCAUCCCCAACAUUGGGGGGAAUGUCCCCUCCUAUAAUAUACCGUCUGAUGCAUGA